UCAUUCAAACAAAUGAGGAGGUGUGAUGUUUAGAAAGAAGAAUGGAAUAUAUUAGAAGAUGGAUAAUGGUGUUUGAUUCCCGUAUAACGUAAGGUAUGGCGAGUUGUGGUUUGACGGAGAGCGUUGCGGUUCUUGUGCUGGAGAAAUGCCGUAGUUCGAUUCAGCUCCGGCAGAUUGAAGCGCAACUGAUCCGCCACGGCCUCCACUGCAACACGAGAAUCGGCCACCGCUUCAUCGGCGCGUGCCAAUCCCACGGCCUUCUCAGCUCCGCCCUUCUCCUCUUCACCACCCUCCCACCGACCCCCCACAUUUUCAUCUUCAACACCCUCAUCAAAGCCUUAUCCCAAUGCCAAACCCUAACCCCUCUCUUAAUAUACUCCCACAUGCGCCGAAGCUGCCUCCUCCCCAACAACUUCACCUUCCCUCCCCUCUUCAACUCCCUCUCCCACACCCGCCACGUCACCCACGCCCAAUGCCUCCACACCCACGUCCUCACCCUCGGCCACCACCGCGACCUCUUCGUCCACAACUCCCUCCUCCACCUCUACGCCUCCUCCCGCCACGUCUCCCUCUGCCGUCGCCUGUUCGACGAAAUGCCCCACAACGACGUCGUAUCCUGGACCGUCCUCAUCGCCGCCUACAACAACGUUGGGGACCAUACUCGUUCCCUUCUCGUCUUCCAACAAAUGCAGUACGCGGGUUUCGCGCCUAAUAGGGUGACCAUGAUAAACGCGUUGGACGCCUGUGCUCACUCUGGUAACAUCGAAAUGGGGGAGUGGAUACACGGUGCCGUCAAGAGGGACGGGUGGGAAGUGGAUGUGGUGUUGGGGACGGCGUUGAUUGACAUGUAUGUCAAGUGUGGGAGAGUGGAGGAGGGGUUGGGUGUGUUUUGGAGGAUGAAGGAUAAGAAUGUGUUUACUUGGAAUGCGGUUAUUAAAGGCUUGGCUCUGGCCAAGAGUGGACACGAGGCCAUUUGGUGGUUUAAGAGAAUGGAGAGUGACGGGGUUAGGCCUGAUGAAGUGACUUUGUUGGCGGUGUUAUCUGCGUGUAGUCACGCGGGUUUGGUGGACCAGGGUAGAGAGGUUUUUCGUUUGUUGCUUGAUGGGAGCUAUGGGUUUCUUCCUAAUGUCAAGCACUAUGCUUGUAUGGUUGAUGUGUUGGCGCGUUCUGGCCAUUUGAAAGAGGCUGUUGAAUUCAUGGGGAGUAUGCCUUUUGAGCCAACCAAAACUAUGUGGGGAUCUUUGUUGGCUGCUUGUAAGUCGCAGGGUGCCUUGGAGUUGGGCCUGCUGGCGGCUACAAAGCUCCUUCAAAUGGAGCCUGAGAACACUGCCUAUUAUGUCCAUUUGUCAAAUUUGUAUGCGGCCAUGGGGAGAUGGAGCGAUGUUGAGAAAGUAAGAGGGGUGAUCAAGGAUAGACACCUCACUAAGGACUUGGGGUGUAGUUCCGUGGAGGUAGAACAUCAGAGUCAUGUUAGUGAACUUUUCGCAUAGUACAUGCUACUUAAGAUGGAAUACUAGUCACUUCCUCUCAAUUGGUGUUCAUAGAGAGAGAGACAUAAUGAACACCAAGUUAGCUAUUGCUUCUGAUCGGGCCUCGCGUGCUACAACGGAUAUUUCUUGAUUGUCAGUGAUUCAGGAUGCCCAUAUUGUAUUGCCGAUAUUCACGGAUGGUACUACAAGUAACUAACCAUAAUUGUGUCAAAACAAAAGCUUCUUGUUGCUUGACUUUAUUAUCAUUCACAUGGAAAGUGGGCAUAUAUAGGUCACCGUUCCUGUCGAGGGUCUAUAGCUGUUGAGCUUCUUGAAAAUUGCCAGCCAUUGAUGGUUGAGCCAGAAUUUAGUUCGUCAUUAUUUAAUCCUUUGUCAUUUCGGGCAACAAUAUGUGACUGUAAUACUACCCUGAUACUGAUAGUAAUAGUAAAUAGUAAAUGCAACACAUUUGACAGUUGUGAGAUAACCGUAUGCAUUACUUGAUGGACUUACAAACCAACUGAUAUGUGCACUUUCUGCUUUGUCUUUUAAAAAUACAAGGCAUUGAGCUAAUGUUUCAUUGCAGCUCUUGACUUUGCACUAUUUGGACUGGGAUAUUCUGCUCGUUGACUGGGAUAUUGCACAUUUCAUCAUGCCAUUCCUUAUUAUUCCUUCUA